AUAUUGCUGUGUGCAUUCGAAAUGCAAAUAUCAAAUGCGGGAGCACCAAAUGCGGUAAGAUUUUCUAACAAGUAACCCGAUGUCAGUGGGAGCUUUUGAAUCCUAGGUUGGCGGUGGUUUUGACUAUGGUUGCUAUGUUGCCUUUGGUAACACUGUGUUACCGCGUUUGGAGCGCAUUUGGGCACCGUUUGCAUCUUGAACGCACACAGCAAUAAAAAAGUGGUUUAGACUGAUCAAAGAAUGAAUAAAACAAAGGCUAAAGCGAAUCCUCCGAUCACUUCACGGUUACCGAGCCAAGUAGAAAGUCGCUCACCGUGAAUCGCAGUGCUGCUGCCACGAAGAUGUCUUACGGAAUAAUGUUGGUGAUAACAGUGACAGUGAUCUUGGGCGCCUUCUUGGUCUCAGGUGCUCCUCCGGUAGUAGUGAAUCAAUACAAUCAUGAUAACGGUGACCAGUACAGUUGGGGUUACAAGUUAAGUGAUACACAAGAAGUUAACCAAGAUAUACAGAAGAAGGUACUUGAUGAUGGACAACAGGUUUUGGUAUUUAGCGGAUCGUACAGCUUUAGCGGUGACGAUGGAAUUCAACAUACCGUUGAGUAUACCGCUGAUGAGAAUGGCUAUCAUCCAGUAAUAGAUGCUAUACCUUCACGACUGAUAACCUCAACUAGCGAACCACCUACCAGUGAGAAAAGAACAACAACGCGUAGAUAUACAACAACUCGUCCCGCUAUACACACCACAGAAAGUGCAAUAGAUUUCAAAUGUUUGGAGUCAUUGUGUGGAAAAAAGUAGUCUACUAUUAUGGUAAUAAUGACUGUUUUGCCGAAGUUGAAUGAAUAAAAACUAUGCAUAAAAAUCUAUAUCUAUA